CAGCUGCACGCGGCGGCCAAACAGAAGGUGGAGGAGAAGGCGGCUUCGGCUCCGGCGGCGACCCCGGCUCCGAGCAGCAGCAGUUCCAGCAUCUACCCUCCAGUUCCAGGCCAGGAGAGCCCCCUGAGGUGGGCAGGAAAGAAAUUUGAGGAGAUCCCCAUCGCACACAUCAAGGCGUCCUACAACAACACACAGAUCCAGGUGGUCUCUGCCGCCAACCAGCCCCUUGCCCGCACCUCCUGCGGCACCGAGGGGUUCAAGAACGCCAAGAAGGGCACGGGCAUCGCGGCACAGACAGCCGGCAUAGCUGCCGCAGCGAAGGCCACAGCGAAGGGCGUGACCCACAUCCGCGUGGUGGUGAAGGGCCUGGGGCCGGGGCGCUUGUCUGCCAUCCAGGGCCUGACCAUGGGGGGCCUGGAAGUGAUCUCCAUCACAGACAACACCCCCAUCCCGCACAACGGCUGCCGCCCCAGGAAGGCUCGCAGGCUCUGACGGGAAGGCCUGGCCCUGAACCUGACCGCAAGGCCCCCCUGCAGGCCUCAGCAAGCACCCAUCGGAGCUCCCCGCAGGGGCCGCUGGAGGGCUCAGCAGGAAGGGACGGCUCUGCCUCCUCGCGUGGGGCCCACUUCUGACUGGAGACCCGCCUGCCCAGAAGUGAGGCCAUCUUCUCUUGGACACGAGGGGGCUGUGGCCCAGACCCCAACAGUCAAUGCUGCCCUGCCCAAAGCAAUAAAAGAUCUCUACCAUCUGCA